AUGGCAAGGGGAAGGUGCAGGUUCCAAGACCCCUUGGUUGGUCGGUCGUCCUACAGGGGUGGCGGUAGAAGAGGUGACAGGCCAUCCAGAGGUGGUGGUCAGGGAAAUUUUGGCAAUCAUGCAUCCAACACAGGUGGCUCAGGGCCACCUUUUCGUGGGAGAGGGCGUGGUCGAGGUAGGAGUGGUCCCAGGCGCUUCCCACAGCACGGGGCAUCAUCAUCAUCACAUCUAGAACCUAAUUCUGCUGAGGAGGAAGAAGAGAAGGUAGAAAUGCCUCCUGAUAAUCAUGAAGAGGGAGCCCAAGCAUUAGUGCCGUCUCAGGCAUCUACAUCAGCACCGGGAAAAGCAGCUCCUAGCUCGCAACCUGCUGUGGUUGCGCAUUGCGAACUGUGCAAGGCUGAUUGUAAUAGUUUUGAAAUCCUUGAGCAGCACAAAAAUGGAAAGAGACAUAAGAAAAACUUGCAAAGAGCUGCGCAGUUGAAUACUGCUAACAAACCUGCUGCUGAAAUGCAGAACCAGCAGAAAUCUGUCUCUGGCUCUGAUCCUGAGGCUAAUUUGCCGCCCAAAGAUGUCGAAGAGGGUGAAGAGAACAAGCAAAACCUUCCUGAAAAUUUACCCACUGAAGCUGUUACCAAUGAAAACAAAAUGGGAACAGGACAGCAAAACAAUCUAGCGGAACAGCCUGAAAUUCCUAAAGAGGAACAAUCCACUGUGCAAGCAAGGAAGCCUUGGAUUAACCGGUUUGACAGUCAAAGGCAUGGCAUAAAAAGAAAGAUGAGAGGCGGUCAUGGAGGGAAGCACGUGAAAGCUUUUAAUGCACCAAGACGGCCAAUUGAACCUCCCAAACCCAAAGUGGUGAUUCCCUUGAUCUGUGACUUGUGCAAUGUCAAGUGCGACACUCGGGAGGUUCUUGAUCGCCAUCUUUCUGGUAAGAAGCACAUUGCUAAGCUUAAGCGCUUUGAAGGACACCAAGCUAUGUACGGACCAAUGGGGCUUCAAGCUCUUUACCCUCCUAACCCUAUCACUCAAAAACUACUACAUCCUCAAGGCCAUCAGCAAGCCUUUUAUGGCCCUCAAGGCUCAUAUCCUCCUCCACAGGCUUACGUGCCUCCUCAAACUUACCAUGCAGCACCGGAGAUGACAAGUACAGGUCCUGGAUAUCAGGUACAUCCCCCUCAAGUGUCUGACGCCAUUCCUAAUUUUAGUGGCCAGGAAGCUGUACAUCAAGCUCAGGAGCAGUCAGCAUCAGUUGAACCAGAAGCCUAGUAAGUUGCAACUGCAUAGAUGUUUACUGAAAUGGUUUUUCAGGGUCUACUACAAUCAUCACCAAAAGUGAGCAUGUUAUUUUGGUGACGCAUGAAGCUGUCACAGAGCCAGAUUUUGGAGCCAUUUAUAACCAUGUCAUCUUGCCGUGUCUUGAUGUGCAAAACGAGGAAGCACUAGGCUAGUAUUGCUUGCAACUUUUGGGUUCUAUCUGCACAGAAAGAAACUUGCUUUUUGCCCCUUUUGUUUUUUCCUUCCUAACUCCGUGGGAUGUUCUCUUUAUGACUAUAUUGCGAAAUUUAGAUAAAAUUUAUCUGAUACAUAAAAAUU